GUAGUGCAUCUCUCUCUCUCUCACUCUCUCACUCUCUCUCAUCGCCUCUUCUCUUUCUCUAUCUUUCUCACCUUUUCCAAAAUCGACGAUGUCGUCUCUCAUAAUUUCAACGUAUUUUAAUCUCAACAAGCAGAGUAAAUUAAGCAUAAAUCCAGAGAGAAUGCGGAACGAUCCCUUCCACCACCACUCUGAUCUCUGUGCCUUAAUGUCCUUCGCCCUUUCUCCUCUUCUUCCUCCUCCCCCUCUCUUGCUGUCUCGUCUAGUUCCUCGUUUAUACCCAACUCUAAGGUUUUUGGUCCAUCCACAGAAAACCAUAUUCCUAGGAAAUCCCAACGGCUCAUUUCGAUUUCGUUGCUCCUUACUGUAAGCGGCGGCCAUGGCUUUUCUGAAAAGUUUUUAGAUUUAGAAGUUGUUAUCAAUGUCGAAGGGGGAGGAAGAAGAACGUUCUCAUAGACGUGAGAAUAAUCCGAGAAGUAAGAAGGGUGCUGUCGACGAGGGUACCGGCAAUGGUUCGUGGGUAAGCAGUCGAAAUUCGCCGUCCAAGAAAACUAGGGUUUCUGAGAGCCUCCAGAGCUUCGAUGAGAGCUGGGAUGGAUUUUCUCUCAACGAAGUCGGGGAUGUUGUUGGUUCAUCAGAUGUAGAACCUCAGGAUGCAGAUUAUUCUUAUGUUCCUUCGCUCAGUGAUGAGUUGGCGCUUCUAAUCUUGGCUAGGGUUCCGAGAUCGGAAUAUUGGAAGUUUUGCUUUGUAAACAAACGCUACUCAACUUUACUUAGUAGCGGUGAUCUCUACAAGAUUAGGAGAGAGAUUGGGAUUAAGGAGCCCUCAGUUUUCAUGUUGGCAGGCGGGGAGUUGUGCUGGUGGGCAUUCGACCGGAAAUUCACAUCUUGUAGGAAGCUUCCGGCGUUGCCGUCAGACCCGUGUUUUGCCGCUGGGGACAAGGAGUCACUUUGCGCGGGAACCCACCUGCUUGUUUCAGGCAAAGAAAUUCAAGGUGUAGCCAUUUGGAGGUAUGAUUUGAUAAUGAACAGAUGGUUCAGGGGUCCUUCCAUGAUUAGCCCAAGAUGCCUAUUUGCAUCUGCCAGCUGCGGAAACGUUGCGUAUGUAGCCGGAGGGAUUGGGAUGGGGAAUCGUAUGGAGAUAUUAAAUUCUGCUGAGAAAUACGACCCUGAGAAUGAAUCAUGGGUUCCGCUUCCGAGGAUGCAUCAACGGAGGAAGAUGUGUUCAGGGUGUUACAUGGACAACAAGUUCUACGUGAUCGGAGGGCAAAACGAAAGAGGAAUUGAUCUAACCUGUGGUGAGUUCUAUGAUGCAGAUAGGAACGCAUGGGAGCUAGUUCCAGACAUGUUGAAGGAUGCCCCUGUUUCGACAUCGCGAUCUCCACCCCUUGUUGCCGUUGUGAACAACGAACUCUACUCGCUCGAAGCUUCAUCAAACCAUCUGAAGCUGUACUUGAAGAAGAGCAACUCGUGGAAGGAUUUGGGGAUGGUUCCUGUGAGAGCCGAUCAGAGCAGGGGAUGGGGUAUAGCUUUCAAAUCACUGGGUGAUGAGCUGCUUGUGAUUGGUGGGUCUGCAACAUCCUACGCAGGCCAUGGGAUGACCAUAUUUAUUUGCUCUCCUGAUCCCAAUGCCAUGGAUUUGGAGUGGAGGUGUCUCAGCACUGGUGGAAAGCGAAUGAGCCACUUCGUUUUAAAUUGUUCUGUUAUGGUGGCUUGAAUUUUUAAUCUUGAGGAGUUCCUCGAUUCAUCAUCAAUAAUAAAAGCCAAACUCCUCAGGAGGCUGUUGGAUUCAAAACAGUGAAAGCUUGGAUUUGUUUUGUUUUGUUUUGUUUUAAAUAGAAUAUAUACUUUUGUGUGUUGUGAGGUAUUUUUUUCUCUAUUCCUGUAAGUCUUGAUGAUUCUCUGAAUUGAAGCAAUGCUUUUGAAACAGCUGCUGAUUAUCAGUUUAUGUUGCUUUGUGAUUCUUGGUAUAAGGGGAAUCUCUUGAUUCAA